CUCUUGCCCACCCCAUUUGGUUUUUUAUUUCCCGAGGUUUGCCGUCUCUCACCCACCAUGUCGAGUCAACAGUGUCUCCGCCGCCUGCCCAGCGCAAUGCGCUCGUCAGCCCUGCGCGCCGGCGCUCGUUCUGUCACCCGCGCUCCCGCUGCACGCAGCUACUCUGCCAUCUCGAGAGCGACUUCUUCUGGCCUCUUGAGCCAGGUAUCAAGACGACCUGGACAGCUCGCAACACAACGCCUGUGGACUCUCGACCAGACACGAAGCUAUGCCGAUGUCACCACGGUCAAGGUUCCCGAGAUGGCCGAAUCCAUUACCGAGGGUACACUGAAGCAAUGGUCGAAACAGGUCGGUGACUACGUUGAACAGGACGAGGAGAUUGCCACCAUCGAGACCGACAAGAUCGACGUUUCCCUGAACGCGCCCCAGGCCGGUACCAUCAAGGAGUUCCUCGUCAACGAGGAGGACACCGUUACCGUCGGACAGGAUGUCGUCAAGCUUGAGGUUGGCGGCGCUGCGCCGUCUGGUGGAGAGCAGGCAAAGGAGGAGCCCAAGGAGCCUGCUUCCAAGGACCAGGAGACCGCGUCGCAACCUUCUGGCGAGCAGGAGCAGUCCAAGUCGCAAGAGCAGAAGCAGCCCAAGAAGGAGGAGUCGAAACCCGAGCCCCCCAAGCAAGAGUCAAAGCCUCAGCCACCCAAGCAGCCUGAGCCCAAGAAAGAGUCGAAGCCUGCGCCGAAGGAGGAGUCCAAGCAGGUCCAGUCUGGCAGCCGUGGAGAGAACCGCGUCAAGAUGAACCGCAUGCGUCUCCGCAUUGCUGAGCGCCUAAAGCAGUCGCAGAACACCGCCGCGUCCCUCACAACCUUCAACGAGGUCGACAUGUCGUCCAUCAUGGAGUUCCGCAAGCUCUACAAGGAUGAGAUCCUCAAGAACAAGGGCGUCAAGCUCGGCUUCAUGUCCGCCUUCUCGCGCGCCUGUAUCCUUGCCAUGCGCGACGUUCCCGCUGUCAACGCCUCCAUCGAGGGCCCCAAGGGCGGCGACACCAUUGUCUACCGCGACUACGUCGAUAUCUCCGUCGCCGUUGCCACCGAGAAGGGUCUCGUCACCCCCGUUGUCCGCAACGCCGAGAGCCUUGACAUGGUUGGCAUCGAGAAGGCCAUCGCCGACCUCGGCAAGAAGGCCCGCGAUAACAAGCUCACUAUCGAGGACAUGGCUGGUGGCACAUUCACCAUCUCCAACGGUGGUGUUUUCGGCUCGCUAAUGGGUACACCCAUCAUCAACCUGCCCCAGACCGCUGUCUUGGGUCUUCACGCCAUCAAGGACAAGCCCGUGGCCAUCAACGGCAAGGUCGAGAUCAGGCCCAUGAUGUACCUCGCCCUCACAUACGACCACAGGCUGCUUGACGGCAGGGAGGCUGUCACUUUCCUUGUCAAGAUCAAGGAGUACAUUGAGGACCCCAGGAAAAUGCUGUUGUAGGGGGGUGGGACGUGUGAUCUGAAGUGAUAUGUAGUUCUCUUUUGUACAUUCAUGUGGCUUGGGAAGGAUGGAGCCGGUCAACAACUGGACAACUGGCAUACGUGGAAUGAGUUAUCUCGAGGUGUAUGAUUAGUUGGUCAAGUGCAUAAUGAGCGUUAUCUAUCC